AUGAAAAUUUCCCGGUGCUCUGUUCGUGCAUUCAACACAUACAAUAUCCCAUCAAUUAUCAACAAUACAAAGGUACACAAAACGUAUAGAGAAAGCUAUAGAAGAAAUGAAGAUGAUUUAUUAAAGAUAUACAACAAGGAAUUAGUUGCAUUCCCGUAUGAAGAAGAGAGAUAUAACAAAUUACUAAACAUUCAAGGGACACAGAAAAAAAAAAACGUGGCUGAUUUUUUCUUCAAUUCGGAUAUGUAUAUAAAUGUAAAGAAUUACAAACUCAAAAAUGUUACUUCAUCAGAUUUUUCUAUUGCAAACAUCGAUAAAUACUUCCUUUUCGAGAAGGAAUAUCUAGACACUUUUUUCCCCGAAGGGUUAGCAGGGGAAUUGCCAAAGGACAUUUUAAUGCACAACGGUGCAAGCACUUGUGUCGAUAGAAAUGGGGAUGCUAGUUUUGAUAAACACAGUGGUAAUAGUGAGGUCAAUGUUAGAACGAGAACAAUUUUAUCUCCAAGUGAACAUGAAGAUGGGAACCUAGGGUUAUUCCUGAGGGAACUAGAAAAAAACAACACCAUAAUAGAUGAAAACAAAAUGAAAUACAUCAAUAAUAUGAAGGGAAUAGGGCUUUUAUUCAGAAAAUUGACAUACGAAAUUAUUGAAGAAUUGAAAAAUUUUGAAGAAAAUUCAACUUUAAGAAAACCAAGGGACUCAUACACAUUGGAUAGCUAUUUUGCACAAAAGGACGAAUCUACAGUAUUCUACAAUAGUGAUAGUGCAACAUGCUACAUCAGAAAAAAUGAAAAUCAUAACAUGAAUAACAGGUUCUACAAUGUGGAAGGAAGAAGCAAUAAUACUGAAAGUCUGUACAAGAGCAGAAGCAUCUUAAUAGAUGGAAAGAGAGGAACUGGGAAAAGCAGCAUUCUCAAUAGCAUAGUUUUAUGGGCAAAAUUAAAACAAUGGUUUGUUAUCUUCGUCCCUGAUAUAAAAAAGUAUAAAUUUGAUAUUAACAACAUUGUUCGUAGUAAUACGAACUUAUAUAUUCAACCAGAAUUGAGUAGACAAUUUCUUGAAGAUAUAGUAAAAGCAAAUGAACCAUUUUUAAAAAAACUCAAAGUAAGUAAAGAAAUUCUACAAAAUACUUGUUUAGAUGGAACCCAUUUAUUAUAUAACAAAAGAAUAUAUGAUGAUAUUAUUAAAAAAACUAUCGAUGUAGAAAUAAAAAAUGAUGAACAAAAUUAUAAUUCGUUAAGUGAAAAAGAAAAAAAUUUUUAUGUACAAAAAUUAUACAAAUUUUACUAUGAUAAUGUAAAAAUCCCAAACAUUUUAGAUAAAUUUUCUGUCCCAUCCAAUUUGUUAGAAUUAGUAAAUAUUGGAAUUAACAAUUCUUCAUAUUCUAAUCUUUGUAUUUAUGCAUUAUUUGAACAUUUAAAAAAGCAAAAUGAAUUUCCUCUUCUAAUUGUGGUCGAUCAGUUUAAUUUCAAUUUAAGUGUCUCAGAAUACUUAUCCAUAAAUUUUGAAAACACAAAAUAUAAUGGGUACAUUCCUACCUACUAUUUUACUAUACCGAAAUUGUUACUAAAAUGGGAUACCAACAAAUAUAAGAGAUGUGUGAAAAUUGUUUCCACAUGUUGGGAUAGAGAAAAUCGAAGAAAUUUCAGGCCUGAACUCUUGGGCAUACACAAAACUCAAAUAAAGACAGUUCGUAAUUUUACCUUGCGUGAGUUUAAAAAUUAUGUUUCCCAUUUGUAUAAUCAGGAUGUGAUCUACAAUUUCGACAUUAACAAGUUGGAGUAUUUCUACAUGUUGACUGGAGGAAAUGGGUUUCAAGCCAGAAAACUUUUAACCACAUUAUACUGA